CCCUCUUUCCCUGCUCUCUGAAACAGUCUUCAUGCACUCAACUCCAACACAGAUCCGUUUCAGCAAGGCAGAGUAGAGAGCACAGGCAGACAGAGAAAAGGGUUCAGAUGAAGAGAGAAAAGUUCAGAUAGAUAACUAAAGUGGGCCAAGGGAGAAACUUUGAAAGUGGGGAGUCACAGCGAUAGACAGGGGAAUAGCGAAGAUAUUCAGUUCUAAGAAAGAAAUGUGCUCCCUGAGGAGCAGUGCUGCUGCACUUCUCCUGACUUCCCUGUUGGCUUUGCUCUUUGGACUUUCUUCGGUCCUGACUCAGGAUUUAAGCGAGAGGGAUGCCCUAUGCAAUGCGGACGGCUGCUUUGUGGUCUACUUCCAAGGUAAGACCUUCCUGGACUCGUGGAGGGCCUGCAAGGACAAAGGUGGCAACCUAGCAACCAUCAAACGCAGGGACGAUGCCACCACUAUUGCCACUCUCUUUUCUAAUCUGGAUUUGCGCACCAGCGUCCGGGUUUGGAUCGGCCUGCAGCGCCAGCCUCGCCAGUGUACCACCACACGGCCAUUGCGGGGGUUUUCUUGGACUACUGGGGACCAGGACACAGAGUAUACCAACUGGCAGAAAGAGGACUCCCCUAGCAUGUGUUCAGUGCCACGCUGUGUGGUUAUGGGCUACAACACUCAGGAGGAGAAUGAGAACUUCAAAUGGCUGGAUGGUUCCUGCUCCGUUUCUGUAGAUGGGUAUCUCUGCCAUUAUGCCUACAAAGGAAUGUGUCCAGCCUUGUGGAGUGAAGGGGCCGGCAAUGCCCUCUACACUACACCAUUUAACCUUCUAAGCACAGUGUUGACCCAUUUACCCUUUGGAUCUGUUGCUGCUCUUCCCUGCCCCGCAGGCACCAAGGACGAACAGUCCGUUUUGUGUAUGCUGAAGGACGAUGGCUCGGUGGGGUGGUCCAGAGACUCCCCCCUCUGCUCCGAUCCCCCAAUAUCCAACAACUGGUGUGACCAGCAUAAUGGUGGAUGUGAGCACUUUUGCAGGCCGGCCGGCGCUCACGUUGACUGUGAGUGUGCUGAUGGGUAUGAACUAGGAGAGAAUGGGAAGAACUGUGAGGUGUCUGACAUUUGUCAAAGGGCGCCCUGUGAGUUUGAGUGCCUGCCCCUCUCGGGUGGGUACCGGUGUGCCUGCCCUGAAGGAUACAUGCUCGCACCAGAUGAACGUGGCUGCCUGGAUGUAGACGAGUGCCUGCAGAGUCCUUGCGAGCAGCUUUGUGUGAAUGCUCCAGGGACAUUUGGAUGUCAAUGUCGGAAGGGUUACCAUACGGAUGAUGAGGGUGCUUGUGAGGACAUAGAUGAGUGUGUAAAUGACCCCUGUGAACACGCCUGUGAGAACACCCAAGGCUCUCAUAUCUGCCACUGCCAUCUGGGUUUUUCUCCAGUGCCCGAGGACCCCAGCCAAUGCCAAGACACCGACGAGUGCCAGAUCCCCGGAACCUGUGAGAAGAUGUGUGUGAAUUAUGAGGGGGGAUUUGAGUGCUACUGUGAGGAAGGCUAUGAACUCAUGUCUGAUCACUAUUCAUGUCGCAAGAGAGAGGAAGGUGACGACCAAUCUGCUGUCACCCCUCCUUUUGUUUGGGUCACCGGCCAGCCUGGACCUGUUUGGGACCCUGUGGACUACGACUGGAAUCCACAGCAGAGCCACACUGAUUGGCCUCUGGAGGAGGAGCAAUCUCUGGACUGGCUGACUGACCCACCCAGAGUUUUGGAUCCUGACGUCAUUUGGGUCACUAGUGCCCCUCAGGAGGAGCUGCCCUUUGACUCAACACUGGACCCUCUGACACAGGAGGCGGAGAAAGAUGAGGAAGACAUCGAAAAUGCAGGAGCUGACUGGUUGCAGUGGGGGCAUACUGAGCCUGACCUGGAAGUUUUACCCACCACUAUCUAUACCACGCCUCCACCCACCACCAUGUCCAGCACUAUCCCAGACUGGUACGAAGGUGACGACGAGGAUGAGGAGGAGACCACCACAAAUCUACCUUUCCUUUCCACUUCAACAAUCUCUGAGGGAGCUUGGAAUUGGUGGGCGGGGUCCACCCCUUCCAGCCAGAAACCAGGAAAUCCAGAGGAUUCAGUUGUAGAUCUCAACAUGCCUACAGAUUCCAGCUAUCCCACCGAAGCAGAAAAAGAACAUUACACCCUUAGGGAAAACUCUCCGUUUCCAAAGGAGGAGUUAGGGGAAGAGGAAAAGGACUUUGUGAAUGCCACACACCAAGACCCCGCUGUUCCCACGCAGCCUACUCCUUCUCAGCCAUCCCCGAGUCAGGGUCGAGAGAUCAAUGACAUCCCAGAGUUUGUCCAGGAAGACCGAGGGCAGAGCAGCACUUGGCUUCUGGUGGGCCUCCUUGUGCCCAUCUGCAUCUUCAUUGUAGUAAUGGUGGCGCUUGGCAUCGUCUACUGCACUCGCUGUGCUGUUCCUUCACGCAACAAGAAUGCCACUGACUGCUACCACUGGAUCUCUGGGGCUCAUAAUAAACAGGGAGCUCCUAACCCCUCAGCAGGGGUCAAGACCCAUGUUUAAACAGAGGAGAGAAACUGACAUUGACAUAAACAGACCCUGCUUCAGAGGUAGCAGGGGCGAAUAAAGAACCUGGUGAGGGGCACGCUGAAUGUUUUCCCCUCAGUGACUGUGGACUGUGCACUCUUUGAACACGUGGACACUGUAAACAAACGAUUAAUUGAUAGAAGGAAUAUUGAUAAGCACUGUCUUAUUUCGGGAUGGGGUUGCCAUGUGGUAUAAACUGCUUUGAUAUUUCAUACACUGACCACACAACACAGUAUCUGAUUGCUUCAUCAUUGCACUAGGCUACAUUCUUAUGAAAUAUUUGUGUCUUCAAUAGUAGUCUGCCAACAUCACAGAGUAAUGUGUAUAUCGUCAUUUAUUCCCUUCAACCUGUCACAGCUGUAGCCAGAUCCUGCAAAAAGCCUCAACAAUCUUUGGACUGAUGGCAAAACCAUUCUGCUUUACAGUGGUAGCAAAACGGUACUAUGAGGUUUCUUUCAUGCAACAUCUUCAGGCUCGGUUCAUUUCAAUUGCAUAUCACUGAAGAUAACUCUUACUGUGUCAAAGGCACCAGCAGUGGGUGAGAGAAGACUAUCAGCAAACAUCCACUCAAGAGUAAAGACAUGGUGCAGUCACACUAGUGCUGGGAAAACAUCACUGUGUUGAAGGCUUGAUGAGAUACCAACACUUUAUUUGUAUAUAGUGUUUUUUUCCGUAUUUAUGUUUGUUUUAUACUUGUCACAUGCCAUUUUAUUCAGAACAUGUUAACAAUGGUAAUAAUUCUAUGACAUGGAGCCCAUAAAACUGUUUGUAUGGAAUGUCUGUCUGUACAUGGGAUGGUUUACCCCACUCAUGUCCAGUUUAACAGCACUUCUCUUCCUUUUCCUUUUCUUUUAAAAGAGGUGAGCAAGCAGAUGUUCACAUUGCACAGGGCAUGUUGAGGGUGUGGUGGUUGACGCUCGCCCUGGCCUCGCUCAUGACACGGCCAUCAGUCACCCUUCGUCACCCUGACGGAUUAGCCCAGCUCGGAGGUUUGGUCUGAGAUGUUGCACGGAUGACGUCCAGCUGUAGGACUGCAGCUGUGUGCGCAACAUCAGAUUCUUUACAAUUUAAAACAACAUUAUCUCAGAUUCCAAAAUUAUUAAUAACACGAAGUCAGAAAGGGACAUUGAAUUAUUUGGUGAAAUGCUCAUUGGAUAUUUGGGUGUAAGAAUCUUAUAGAUCAGAGAAAAAACCAAUGAAGAAAACAAGGCACUUGCAAGUUAAAUCACCUUUAAAUUACAAGUCAAUGCCUGAUGAAACAAAGAGUCAUUCCAAAAUGUACACAGGGACAAUGUGCCUUUGUUUUAUUGAUAGACUGUGAAUAUGAGAAACAUCUGAUGUAUUUUUUUCUGUUGCGUUUUAAGAAAUUGUGAAUUAAAAACUAUGACAAGA